AUGUCUAGCGAUUGUGGUAAGCUGAAGGGACAAGGAUUGUUUGCCCUCUCAUUUCUCGUGCCCUCCUGUGCCUUUCUGUUUGAGGGCACGGGAGGGCACGAGAAGUGGGAGGGUAAACUAUCCUUGUCCAAGCUGGAGACCGUUGUUGAAAUCAAGGCUUCCGCUGCCAAGUUCCAUGAAAUGUUCACACACAAACCACACCACAUCUCCAAUGCCAGCGACAGAAUCAUUCAGGCCUGUGACCUACAUGAAGGUGAUUGGGGAACCGUCGGAUCUGUGGUCUACUGGAAUUAUUUCUAUGAUGGAAAAGCCAAAGUUGCUAAGGACUUGGUUGAAGCCAUAGAUGCUGAAAAUAAUCUGAUCACUUUCAAAGUGAUUGAAGGAGAUCUUUUGGAGCAUUACAAGAGCUUCAAGUUCACCAUCCACGCAACUCCGAAAGGCGAGGGAUGCAACGUGCACUGGACUUUGGAGUAUGAGAAGCACCACCACGACGAUAUUGAAGAUCCACAUACAUUGCUCCAGUUAUUAGUUGAGCUCUCCAAAGAUAUUGAUGCUCACCUUACAAGCACCGACGCAUAACAAGCACAGAAGGCUUACGGCUUUAUUAUAUAUGGUCUGUGAUUAAUCUGUGUGCUGCAAUCACGAUCUAUCUGCAUGUGUGUGAUCAACAAAAAUAUUUGAUAUGAUGGCUGUUUCGUUCGUAUCAAAUCAUGUUUUUGUGUGUUUAUAUAAGAUAUGUAUGCCCUUUAUUUCA